AUGCGCUGCGCGCUCCUGGCGCUCCUCGCCGCCGCCGCCGCCGCCACCGGGGCCGCGCCGGGUCCCGCCUGUCCCGUUACGGCCCCGGGGGGAGCCGAGCCGCGGCCCCGGGGGGAGCCGGCCCCGAGGAGAGCCAAGCGCUUCGCCUCGGUGCCGCGCUUCGUGGAGAUGCUGGUGGUGGCGGACGAGUCGAUGGCGCGCUUCCACGGCGCGGGGCUGCGGCCGUACCUGCUGACGGUGCUGGCGGCCGCCGCCAGGUCCUUCCGGCACGGCAGCCUGGGCAACGCCGUGGAGCUGCGGGUGACGCGCCUGCUGGUGCUGGGCCCCGACACCCCGGGGCCCCCCGCCACCUCCAACGCCGCCCAGAUGCUCCGCAACUUCUGCCGGUGGCAGCGGGACCUCAACGUCCCCGACGAGGACAGUCCCCUCCACUUCGACACCGCCAUCCUCUUCACACGGCAGGACCUGUGUGGGGCGGCCACGUGCGACACCCUGGGCAUGGCCGACGUGGGCACCGCCUGUGACCCCGAGCGCAGCUGCGCCAUCGUGGAGGACGACGGGCUGCAGUCCGCCCUCACGGCCGCCCACGAGCUCGGGCACAUCUUCAGCAUGCCGCACGACGACUCGCAGCACUGCACGGAGCUCAACGGCCCCGCGGGCUCCUCGCGCCUCGUGAUGGCCCCGGUCAUGUCCUCGGUGCCGCCCGGCGAGAUGUGGUCCCCGUGCAGCGCCCGCUUCAUCACCGAUUUCCUGGAUAACGGCCACGGUCAAUGCCUCCUGGACAAGCCCUCGGAGUGGCUGCGGCUGCCGACGGCGCUGCCGGGCGCCGUGUACCCGGUGGAGCGGCAGUGCCAGCUGGCUUUCGGCGCGGACUCACGGCACUGCGGGGACGUGCAGCCGCCCUGCGCCGCGCUCUGGUGCAGCGGCCGCGCCGGCGGGCGAGCCAUUUGCCAGACCAAGCAUUUCCCCUGGGCCGACGGCACGCCGUGCGGGCCCGGCAGAGCCUGCAUGAGCGGGCAGUGCGUGGGCAUCGCCGCCAUGGAGGAGCUCAACACCCCUGUGGACGGUGCCUGGGGGCCGUGGGGGCCGUGGGGCAGCUGCUCGCGGAGCUGCGGCGGCGGCGUCAGCUUCUCCCACCGCUCCUGCGCCCGCCCCGCGCCCCGCAGCGGCGGCCGCUACUGCCGGGGGGAGCGGAGCCGGUUCCGCUCCUGCAACGCCGGGGCCUGUCCCGGGAGCAGCCCCCUGGCUUUCCGGGAGGAGCAGUGCGCUGCCUACAACCAUCGCCCCGACGUCUUCAAGGGGCUGCCGGCCGCGGGGGACUGGGUGCCGCGCUACAGCGGCGUCCCCGAGAAGGACCGGUGCAAGCUGACCUGCCAGUCGCGCAGCCUGGGCUACUACCACGUGCUGGAGCCAAGGGUGGCCGACGGGACGCCCUGCUCGCCCGAGGGCACCGGGGUGUGCGUGCAGGGCCGCUGCAUCCCCACCGGCUGCGACCGCGUCAUCGGCUCCAAGAAGAGGUUCGACAAGUGCAUGGUGUGCGGCGGCGACGGCUCCACCUGCACCAAGGUCUCCGGCAUCUUCACCAAGCCCCGCUACGGCUACAACGACGUGGUCACCAUCCCGGCGGGCGCCACGCACCUCCUGGUGCGGCAGGGCUCGCCGGCGGGCAGCGGUGACGCCGGUGACAGCGGUGACAGCAUCUACCUGGCGCUGCGGCAGCCGUCCGGCGGCUCCCUGCUCAACGGCGGCUACGUCCUGGUGCCCUCGGAGAGCACGGUGACGCUGGCGGGCGGCGUCACGCUGCGCUACAGCGGGGCCACGGCCGCCACCGAGACGUUGGCGUGCCGGGGGCCGCUGCGCGAGCCGCUGGUGCUGCAGGCGCUGGUGGUGGACGAGCGGCGCCCGCCCCGCUUGAAGUACAGCUUCUUCGCCCCCCUGCGCCCGGCGGCGGCGUGGGAGAAGCAGAAAGCGGAGAUCUUGGCGAUCCUGCGGAACCGCUGGCGGCAGGCCUAGCGCUUGGGGUUAUUUAUUUGGUUAUUUAUUGCCCGCGGGGGCACCCACCCGUGUGUCUACCUCAGCCCCUCCUCGGGCAGAGCGGGGCCCCCCACCCCCGGGCUGGCCUCGGGGGCCCCCCCGCGUGGUCCCUGUCUCUCUC